AUGGCUGGCAACCGGACUCGGCGCAUUGCCAAGGAAUUGGCUGAUAUCCAUGCCGAUGCCCACUCGCAAAUCACGGCGGAGCCCAUCGGCGGCCAGGAUGAUGUGACACACUUGCGAGGAAUCUUCCCAGGUCCUCCAGAUACUCCAUACGAAGGUGGUACUUAUAAGGUUGACAUCAAGAUCCCCACCGAUUACCCUUUCCGGCCUCCAGUUAUGAAAUUUGAGACCAAAGUCUGGCAUCCGAAUAUUAGCAGUCAAACAGGUGCUAUCUGUCUUGACACAUUGUCGAGCGCUUGGUCCCCGGUUCUCACAAUCAAAUCUGCCCUGAUCUCACUGCAGUCAUUGUUGAGCACCCCAGAGCCAAAGGAUCCCCAGGAUGCUGAGGUUGCCAAUAUGAUGCUCCAAAGGCCGCGGGAGUUCGAGCGCAUGGCACGAGAAUGGGCCGUCAUUUAUGCAGGUGCUCCUUCAAAGGACUCCAAUCAGGAAGGAACAGAAGAAGCGCCCUUGACGGUUGAAGAUGAUUCUCUAGCCCAGUACAAUGGUUAUGACAAGGCUCUGGUCGACAACUUCGGUGCAAUGGGCUUCCAAGUACCGGAUAUUGUCAGGAUAUUUGAAGAGCUUGGAAUUAGCCAACGCAGUCGACAGUUAGACGAUGGCCAAGUUGAUGAUAUUUGUGCACGCCUGCUCGCGGGUGUUUGA